AUGCAUAGAGCCUGCUGGAGACAACGUCCAAGUCAUGUAAGCCCGCGGUGGCCCACACAGCCUCCAACGUCCAUUGCCUGCCUGAACCAGCUUCGAAAUUUCACCGUGGACCAUCGCGAGAGGAUUCGGAUCCACGCUUCAGGUCUAUAUAACCGCUCAUUACCUCCGACUACCCGGCAAUUUUCGUGGUCAUUCAAAUCUCAGCCUCGGUUGCAGGUCCAGGAGUUCACUGAGCUACCUGACAAUGAACAGGACGUCACUCGGGCCGCCAUCCUCGACAAGGUCAUGAAAGGUCGCCAGCCAACUGAUCUCAUGCUACGUUGUACCAUUCUCGAUGCUGAAGGUAACGUCAAAACAAUCUCCGGACAAUUCAAAAAGUCGGAUCUCAGUGCUGAGCAUCGCCUGAAUGCCCGUGACCUCCGGAAAAUCGAUUCUAGGAUUCCAAAUCUCGUUCCAACUAUUCUUGUUCGAAAAGAAGCCAUCCUCGUCAACAUUCUUCACAUACGCGCCCUCGUCAAGGCGGAUGCUGUCAUUCUAUUCGACACUUUUGGUUCUGCGGAUUCCAGGCUUCAUUCGGUAUUCUUAUAUCACUUAGAACACAAUCUCAAAUCAAAAGGUGCUGGAACGCCUUACGAAUUUCGCGCUCUCGAAUCCAUCCUUCUCUCUGUUCUAAGCGCCCUUGAGGCCGAAAUGGUCUUUAUUAGAAACCUCGUUGGUGGAUUACUAGCAGAGAUGGAAGAUAACAUCGACCACGAUCGUUUCAAAAGACUUCUGCACUACUCCCGACGACUGGCGAGCUUCAAAAAUAGGGCCACAUUGGUGGAAGAAGCCCUUGACGAAGUCCUCAGUCAAGAUGAGGAUAUGGAUGCUAUGUAUUUGACAGACAAGAAAAACAAUCAAGAAGUUGUUGAUCACGAGGAACUUGAGGUGCUUUUGGAGUCUUUCUCGAAGCAAGUAGAAGAAAUAGUCAAUGAAGCCGAAAACAUAGAGAGCAACGUCCAAUCUACACAAGAGAUUGUGGAGUUGAUACUAGAUUCUAACCGAAAUGCCCUUUUAGCACUGGAUCUACAGGUAUCAAUAGCCACAUUGGGAGUUGGCUCCGGCGCCUUGGUCGCUGGACUAUUUGGCAUGAAUUUACUAAGUCAUUUCGAAAACCAUCCAUAUGGUUUCUAUGUCAUGACUGGACUUUCGGCCACGCUUGCUUUCUUGGUCGCGUUCACAGGAUUUCGCAAGCUUUCAAAAAUACGCAAAGUGGGGUUGUCUUCUACUACCCAGAAGCUUAAGCCCACGAAGCAGUGGCUUCCAUUACCCCUUCGUAACAGGAUUCCAGGCGGCUGGUCAUGA